AUGCAUCUUAGCAUAAUAUCUCUUCUUUGCAACGUUGCCUACGGCAUAAGCCGUAUUUCAGGGCCAAAUUUUAAGGCUGUUAACUUUGCGGAAAAGAUAAACGGACAAAAGCUGAACGGAAGCCUGAUAAGAGAUGUAAAAGUGGAUUCAGAAAGUUCCUGUCGGCUUGAGUGUGUAAAUGAAGAGCGAUGUCAGUCUUACAACUUUGGAACCAUAGAGGGAGACCCAAACAAAUUCAAGUGUCAACUAAGCGACUCUGAUCGAUUUGCUGGAUUUGCUAACUUUCUUGAGGAUAAAGGUUUUAUUUACAGGGGAAUAAAGAGUGCAUGUGAAGAGGACCGUUUCCAAUGUGGUCAUCAGAGUAUAUGCGUUCCCAACUAUCAAGAUGGCAGCGUUCGAUGCCAGUGUAAGCGCGGCUUCACAGGAAAACCUUGCGAACCAAAAAGCUGCUCCCAAUUGUUUCAAGAUGGAUUUAAUUCUAGUGGCAUGUACACCAUCAAUCCAGAUGGCGGCAAACCAAUCCAAGUGUUUUGUGACAUGACCACAGACGGUGGAGGCUGGACCGUUUUUCAGAAACGCUUGGACGGCUCUGUUGACUUCUAUCUUAAAUGGGAAUCCUACAAAAACGGCUUCGGAAAUCUGAGCGGAGAGUUCUGGCUUGGAAACGACAAUCUUCACCGUUUAACAGCCGCUGAUGACGUUAUGUUGAGAGUUGAUCUGGAAGACUUUGAAGGGAGCAUCACGUACGCUGAGUACACGAAUUUCAAUGUGGCAGACGAAGCUGACAAGUACCGGCUUUUGAUUGGGGGAUACAAGGGCACCGCUGGUGACUCUAUGACGGCACAUAGCAAUAUGGAAUUUUCUACUAAUGAUCAAGACAAUGAUCUACAUAACAGCCUUCACUGCUCCCAAAGGUACGAGGGAGCCUGGUGGUACGGAAGCUGCCAUCACUCCAAUCUAAACGGAUUGUACCUCAAUGGCUCCCAAGUGUCUUAUGCUAAUGGUGUCAACUGGCUUUCUUUCAGGGGCCAUCAUUACUCACUAAAACGCACCGAGAUGAAAGUGAGAACCAAAGUAUAAGACAAUGUCUA